AUGAGUAGUAAUGAUGCUUUGACGUUCGACGAGGGCUCUGAACGGAACCAGUAUUUUCACGCUUAUUUAGUUGCCAACCUAAGACCAGUGGAUGCAGCUGUAGCGCUCCACCUGGGGCAGAAAGUAUCGGGCCAAGAAGAAGCAAUGAAGAACAUUGAACAAGAGCAGUUUGCCAAGCUUUUCGCGCAUGGCAAAACUCCUGAUGGACUGCAAAAAGUAUGGUUGAGCUCUGACAACCAUAACCCAAGCGACGCACCCAGCAUAAAGGCGAUCAUUCAAGACUACAAGAAGUACUAUGAUCACAUGAAAACACUCGCAAAGAAGGAACAGUAG